AUGACUGGGCCGUAUCAAGUUCACAUUGAUCAGUUCCCCAUGCCGCGUAUCGUCAACACCACCGACGCAGUAGUCCGUAUCACAACCUCUGCGCUUUGUGGUUCGGACCUGCACCGUUAUCAUGGCUAUGUGGGAGGGGAGCCACCAUGGGCGUUGGGCCACGAAGCUAUGGGAUACAUCGAGUCCAUUGGUAGCGGCGUGUCGUCUUUGGAGGUGGGACAAUAUGUCAUCAUUCCAGACAACGGCGCUACCGGACACAUCGAUAUGGGAGUUGCGACUGGACCUAGAAUGGGCCUGCCUUUCGGAGGCCUCAACGGAGGCCUUCAAGCUCCUUACGCCAGAGUCCCGUUCGCCGACAUGGCCCUGAUCCCUGUUCCCCUGACCGCCGAGACCACCAACACCAGUAUCGAACAAGACUACUUGACCGUUUCCGAUGUCUUCUCCACCGGAUGGAUUGCCGUCACCAAGUCCGGUUUUGAGGCCGGUGAUACUGUGGCUGUCUUUGGCGCUGGUCCCGUAGGCCUGCUCGCCGCAUACUCUGCUAUACUUCGCGGCGCAUCUCGGGUGUACAGCGUGGACCAUGUUCCCAUGAGACUUGAGAAAGCCGCAUCCAUCGGAGCUGUGCCUAUUAACUUCAUGGGCAGCGACCCCGUGCAGCAGAUCCUCGCAUACGAGCCUGGCGGCGUCAUCCGUGCUGUUGACGCCGUCGGUAUGGAGGCUAUCACUGCCAAUGGCACCAUGCAGCAAAAUAUUGUGCUCAACCAAAUGGUCGAACUUGUUGCUGCAGGUGGUGGGAUUGGCCAGAUUGGAAUCUAUCUGGCCCAGCCAAACACUGGUCUGGCCCCGAAUGCGGAGAGAAUCACACCGGAAGUCUCGUUUCCUCUCACACAGUUCUUUUCGAAGGGCAUCAGAUAUGAAGGCGGCAUCGCAGAUCCUGAGACUGUUGCAGGAGAACUCGUCAACUUGAUUUCAAGAGGUAUUGCAAAACCGGGUUUCGUGGCUAGUGCGUCUAUCGACAUCGAGGAAGUCCCGGCGUACUAUGAACGGCUCAGCAACCAGCAGGAGCUCAAGGUCUUUAUCAAGUUUCCCUAA